UUUCGACCGUUGCAAACCCCUCAAAGCCAUCAAAGCGAACGAAAACCAAGAGCACCCCCCCUCUCGUUCUCUCAAUGCUUGAGCUGAUGGGAGCACCAUCAUACCUCCAAGAUCUCAAUCUCAACUCGCAACACCCUUUUCGCCGAGGUCCGAUGUACUCGGCCUACGCCGAGCUCAGAGAAUGGAAGCUCAGAACAAAGAACCUGAAAUUACGUAGCAGCCCUCUCCCUCCUCCAACUCCGUCAAGGAAACCAAGCCCCCCGAUGGUCUCACGAUCCAUCCAAGAUUUCUCAAUGGCCUUCAGGAAAGAAAACAAGAAGCCCCCUUCAAACCCGAAGCGCGGGCACGCGCCAUUCGGCACCCCGCCUCCUGCAACCCCGAAGCACGUGUCGACGAGGGCAUCAGGUGGGGUUAUGUGCUCCCCGAUGAGGAAGAGCUAUUCUUGUCUCAAGGAGUUGAAGGAAUGUUCUAUGGUCGCGAGUUCGGCCGUUCAUGCUGAAGGGAGGAGGAAGAAUUCUGGGAACUUGAGGAGGCAGAAGCAGUCUACGAUGGCGGCUGAAUCCGCGAUGAGCGUGUCAUGGAUGGGAUGAUCGGAUCUGGGAUUCUUGGUAUUUUGUUAAAUUUGUUUAUUUUUUGAUUGGUUUAAUUAGAUUCUAUUUUGUUGCUUUAUCUUAUGUUUGGUCUUUUGCAAUAAAAUUCAUAGUUGGCACCGCGGCUACAUUUAGAGCAAA